AUGCAGCAAUCUGUCGUGGCCGUGAAGACGGCAGCAAGGAGAGCGGCUUUGCAUACUGCACGACUACCAGGAGGCUAUUUUCCGACAGCAUGCCCGUGUUCAUCACCAUACACCACUUCUUCUGCCACAGCGCCAGCAACAGAGCGCUCGAAAUCUAACAUCAUACAUGAGGAUGUAAGAAGCCACCGCGACGGCAGAGCUCACCAAGCAAAUCCGGAGCGCAUUGAUAGACGCGCUGUGGGAAGCUCUCGCGAGAAAAGAAAAGACUUGAAACAUCGAGCUGUAGAUGGCUCCAAGCUUGAGGAUGGCAACGCUGAAGGAGUUAUUGAGAAUUCUGCCCCGAAGACCAUACCUGGCACAAGACAACCAUUCAGCAAGCAUGCAGGAAAAGUCUUCCCCAACACAUCCGUUGAUGUUGCAGGCGGUGCUCCAGAUGGAGGAAAAAGAAGUCAGAGGACUAAUAUCCCGAUUAUGCGUGGACAAUAUUCAAUCAUGAGCCACAUGUACGAACCUUUCCCAAAGCCGAUAAACGUCACGACGUUCCUCCAGACCAAAAUCUUCGCGUCCGAUCAAUAUAACCCGAAAAGCAUUGAGAUUCGUAGGCGCUUCAAAGCCUUCGAUCCAAAAUCUUUCAUCUGGGUAGUGCGAUGCCCGGUAAGCGUGAGCAAGAAGUCAACGUACAGGCACUUGGUCGAGAAGAAGGUUCGACGAGCUUUUAGGGCUGCUUUGGAGAACGAGGGAUACAGUGAUGAUGGAAACCUUUUGGCGAAAGGACAAGGACAUAGCGAAGAAGCACCGAAUGUCUAUGAUCAAGCUGAGCGCCGAGGACGGCUUAGCGGAGCUCUGCUUAUUACUCUGAGCAAAGAUGCGCACAAGACGUUGACAGCCAAGGGGAAGGAGAUAAGAGAAAAUGUGGAGUUACUGUUGAAGAAAGUAUUGGUCCAGAGAGAGACAGCAAGUAGCCUUCAAGCUCGCGGCUGCAUCGCCGUCAAUGCCUUCAAAAAGUGUAGUAAGUUGACUUUCGAUGCUCCAUUUCCUCGAAGCGAUCUCGCUCAUGUAAUAAAAAGUGUAGUAGACCUUGAAGAAGAACUACCAACUGGCCCCAGACAGCGUCCAAAAUUGAUCGCAAGAGCUUGCACUGUCAUGCAAGCCAUUCACUUCCGAGCUCUUUGGCUGGCGCCAGGAGCCGGCCUGGGAAAGCCAUAUGAAGAGUCACUGCGAAUGUCAAUUUUUGAUCUUCACUCUCAAAAAGCACUUCCUCCGAUGCAUUCCGACUGCAGCCAUCAGACUGACUCUGCUUGCCCAUACAUGUGGGUAGCGAGUCCAAGUCAGAGACGCAGCUUCAACUCGCAUCCUCUUACAUUGACCAUCUCAGCAUCCACUCCUUGA